UGGCGUAGUGUAAAUGAAAGAUAUUGCAUGUGCAUUUAUUAAUAUUAUUAAUAUUACUGGCGUGAUCAGUGACACUCAAUCGUUGGAAGCUCCGAAUAGCAUCUCCUGCGAUUCCGAUGUGGGGGAGUUCUAGUAUGUGGAAAGAAGUGAGGGCGGGUACAGUGAUUCUCGGUUGCUUGGACCAGAAAGUGAUGUUCAUCAUUUGCACUUCAAGAGCUGUACACCGCAUUCUCCCUCCUGUGCCAUGUGAUUUCCCCCCCCCCCCCCCUUUUUGUAUUUUGUUUUUAGACUACAAAAACUGCUGGGAAGGGCUUUUUAAGGACAAAGUACAAAAAAACGUAUGUGAAGACACAAGGAAAAGUGGAGUCUCUCAGCAUCCCCCUCUCUUCGCCAACAGGGUGCAGCAAUGUGCAAGUGUACCAUGACGACGAGAAUGUGGCUUUUAAGAUCCCCUCUGAAAAUGGCCGCGUUAAAGACAAUAGUACAUCAUGCAACAGCAAUGAGCAAAAGUUCAGUAUGAGGGACAGUAGUGCUCAAAGGAUCUCCAUGUGGACUGUGGAUUCCAGCACACAGGCCUAUUCAGGUCCAGAAGACAACUCCACAGAUCUACCGGAGACCCUGACAGAAACCUCCACUCUCAACUUUGUUGACAGGCACUCCUUGCAGGAACCAGGAGAUCAUGACAGUCUCCACAGGGUGACAAUGGUUUACCUCAAGGAGUUUGUGCUUAUAGAUGACGAUGAUGAUGGGGACAUGUCCCUAAGAGAGAAAACGGUGAAUAACUUGUCUGUCAUGGAUGGGAAAGCUGCGGACCUGGUGUGUGGGAGACCGGUUUCCACUUCCAGCCCCUCGGGGUCCAAAUGGAAGGGUGAAUCCUUGCCCCUUGACGGUCCACUUCCUCAGCACGAGUCUUCACGUGGAAAUCAAUACUGCUGCACCUGCACCAUCCUAUGACCUAAAUUCUGCUUUUC